CUCAACAGCCUCCCGCCACCACUACUUAGCUUUCCCACUGGCUUACCUUACCCUCCAUCUUUCGAUUUAUCCCCUUCGAUGAUCUUGACAACUUAUCUUGUUACCUCAACAGGCUGGAGAUAUCUUCCUGGCUUCCUUGCAUCCGUGGUCUUGACAACACGACCACCCAAAGGUCCCCAUCGGCCGACAAUCUCCAUCACCACCCAAGGGAACUCAGGCUUGAUUGACGAUCUAUCGCGAGCUCGAGCUGUGUUUCCAUCAUCGUCGCCAUCAUCAAGCCUGACCGAGCUCGCGAGUGGCCGCCUCUAA